AUGUUUGGUGUUUGUGUUACUGCUUUGAUUGUAUACGCAACGAUCCCGGACUACGGCAAACGAUCUGUGCGUCACUAUAUCGACUACAAGUUUCCGUCGGCCGUGUUUGCUAUUACCGAGGGAUUUCAUCGGGUGUUGCCAAACCUGACCUUGCGGUCUCAUGACCUGCAACAAUUUGCGGCGAGUGGUGACUUUAUAAACGAGCAGCACGCGCGCUGUGAACUCCUGUACGACAUCUUGGCUGCCUCGAAGCGCAAUCGAGAUGGUGUACCAGAGACAACAUGCAAGAAGACGCUUGUGUUCACCAAAUCCAUUGCUAGUGCCGACGCGCUCUUCGAGUUCUUGCAAAACGACAAGAACUUGACGAACUGCGCUUUAUUCCACAAGGACGUCGACCGAGCACAACGUCAGCAACUUAUCAAGAGACUUGACAGUGCAGCCGAUGCCGAUCAGGACCUGGUCGUUAUUUGCACUGAUAUCGCAGCACGAGGCCUGGAUACCACCAAAGUGGGCCAUGUCGUCCAGUUUGAGUUCGCUAGUGAUAUUGUGAGCUAUCUGCAUCGCAUCGGCCGUACAGGUCGUGCAGGUACAACCGGUAAUGUCACGAGUAUCACAUCGUCCGAGAACAGUCUCGUGCUUGCCAAAAUUCAAGAAGCUGGGCAGUCCACGCUGCAGAAUGUAUUCAGUCGUAAACGUAGUCUCCGCAAGAAGUUCAAGAAAUCAUUGCGACCCCGCAACAGCGACAAUUAG